AUGGCCCCCUCGGGCGCAGGGACCUUGCGCUGCGCGCUGCUUUGCGCGUUGCUGUGCGCGCAGGGACCCGCACCCACCCGCGCAGCAGGAUGUGGUGAGCUGAGGUCCUGUGGGGCAUGCAUGGCCAGCACUACCUCACACAACGGCACCGGCUGCGUCUGGGUGGGCUGCAGGACCCCCAAGGAGGAACCAGAGUCCGGGGGCUGCGUGCAGAGGGGGGUGGCAGCAUGGGGGUCCUGCGUGCUCUACAACAGCAGCUCCUUGUGCCCAGCAGCACUGAGCUCCCCUACUGAAGAGCCUCCACAGGCCCACAGCAAGGAGCCAGCAACACACUCCCCAAGGAGCAGCACCACCAGUGCCCCCCUGACGGGCAGCCCCGAGUUCCACGCUCCCGGCUUCGACACUGCCAGCUUCAUCGGUGGCAUCGUGCUGGUGCUCAGCAUCCAGGCUGUGGUCUUCUUCAUUAUCAAGUUCAUCAAGUCAAAGGACAGCACCUACCAAACACUGUAA